AUGUCAGACACCGAUAUGGGGGAAGCCCUGGAGGCACAUGAACCCCCGACCGCUUCCCCCCGGGAGCCCAUCACCCCCAAAACGACCGCCGAUACCGAAGAAAGUUACAGAGCCCCCCUCUAUCCCCGAGAACUUGCUAUGGCCCGGGCCAUCCAACCAAAAUACGCCCCCGGCUUCCCCUACCCACGAAUCCCCCCAGAGUCAACUAGGCUUGGAGCUCCAAAGCCACGUUACAACAUUGCCCGACAUGACUGCAUCCAUGGACAGAUUGGAUCUCUCAACAGCGAGCCAUUUAUAACAGUGUCUGCAACUACCUACAAUCUACUGAAGAAGCCCGAACAUGAUUAUUCUCUCUCCCUGAUUGCACUCGAGGCUUAA